AGCUGCAGACAACCACGUCUCAAUGCUCGUAUCUGACCGCCGAUUCAGAUCGACAUGCCGCAAAUCACGUGCGUAUCUAUCGGCUUCGGAUCCAUGUAUCCAGUAUGCGUAUAUAAGCUCACAGUGUUGGUCGAAAACUUCAACUGAUUUACAGUUAAGUAGUUUAAGACAAACCAAAUUGUUUUCGCAGCCGAAGUGAUACUGCUACGACAAUGGCGAUUCUCAGGGUGCCCGUUCUGAGCGUGAUCCUCUUGGCUGCUCUACUGGUCGCGCCAGCUUCUGCGAUCAAUGUUGGUGGGAGAAAACUGAAGCAUGUGAACGUGGUGGACCAACUUCCUGCCUGGAGACCCGACGAGCUCAAGGAGAAAGACGGUGGAGUAGACCUGCCUUGGAAGAAGUAUCUUCCAUGGAACAAGGACGGAGACAUGGAGGAAGGGAAGUAUGAGGGAGAUGUGAAGGAUCUCUGGAAGAAGGACUACGAGAAGCCUGAAGACAAGAAGGACGAGAAGAAGGACUACGAGAAGCCUGAAGACAAGAAGGACGAGAAGAAGGAUUACGAGAAGUCAGAUAUCAAGGAGGACGUGAAGAAGUUUUACAAGGAGCUCAUGGACAAGAAGGACGAGAAGAAGGACGAGGAGAAGGAAUACGAGAAGCCUGAAGACAAGAAGGACGAGAAGAAGGACUACCAGAAGCCUGAGGACAAGAAGGAAGAGAAGAAGGACGAGAAGAAGGAUUACGAGAAGCCUGAAGACAAGAAGAAGAACUACGAGAAGCCUGAAGACAAGAAGGACGAGAAGGAAAAUUACGAGAAGCCUGAAGACAAGAAGGACGAGAAGAAAGACUACGAAAAGCCCGAAGACAAGAAGGACGACAAGGACUACGUGAAGCCAGAGGACAAGAAGGACAAGAAGGACGAGAAGAAAGAUUCCGAGAAGCCAGAAGACAAGGAGGACGAGAAGAAGGACUACGAGAAGCCUGAAGACAAGAACGACGGCAAGAACUACGAGAAGCCCGAGGACAAGAAGGAAGAGAAGAAAGAUUCCGAGAAGCCAGAAGACAAGGAGGACGAGAAGAAGGACUACGAGAAGUCUGAAGACAAGAAGGACGAGAAGGACUACGAGAAGCCUGAAGACAAGAAGGACGAGAAGGACUACGAGAAGCCUGAAGACAAGAAGGACGAGAAGAAGGAUUCCGAGAAGCCUGAAGACAAGAAGGACGAGAAGAAGGACUACGAGAAGCCUGAAGACAAGGACGAGAAGGAAGACUACGAGAAGCCCGAAGAGAAGAAGGACGAGAAGGACUACGAGAAGUCCGAGGACAAGGAGGAUGAGAAGAAGGAUUACGAGAAGUCAGGUAUCAAGGAGGACGUGAAGAAGAUUUACAAGGAGCUCGUGGACAAGAAGGACGAGAAGAAGAACUACGAGAAGCUUGAGGAGAAGGAAGACGAGAAGAAGGACUACGAGAAGCCUGAGGAGAAGGAAGACGAGAAGAAGGACUACGAGAAACCUGAGGACAAGGAAGAUGAGAAGAAGGAUUCCGAGAAGCCUGAGGAGAAGGAAGACGAGAAGAAAGAUUCUGAGAAGCUUGAGGACAAGAAGGACGAGAAAAACUACGAGAAGCUAGAAGACAAGGAGGAUGUGAAGAAGAAUUACGAGGAGAUCGAGGACAAGAAGGACGAGAAGAAGGAUUACGAGAAGCCUGAGGACAAGAAGGACGAGAAGGACAACGAGGACGAGAAGCCUGAGGACAAGGAGGACGAGAAGAACGAUUACGAGAAGCCAGAAGACAAGAAGGACGAGAAGAAGGAUCACGAGAAGUUAGAAGACAAGGAGGAGGAGAAGGACAACGAGAGGUUAGAGGACAAGAAGGACGAGAAGAAGGAUUAUGAGAAGUCAGAAGACAAGAAGGACGAGAAGAAGGAUUACGAGAAGUCAGAAGACGGGGAGGAGAAAAAUGACGAGAAGCCUGAGGACAAGAAGGACGAGAAGGAUUACGAGAAGCCUGAGGAUAAGGAGGACGACGAGAAGGAUUAUGAGAAGUCAGAAGACAAGAAGGAUGAGAAGAAAGACUACGAGAAGCCUGAGGACAAGAAGGACGACAAAAACUAUGAAGAGUCUGAGGACAAGGAGGAUGAGAAAAAAUAUUAAAUUGAAUAGAGGAGAAAAACCAGGAGAAAGAAAGAAGAUCAGACAGCUGAAGUAUAUUACACAUUCAGCAAUGAUGUACACUUUAUGAUCUUAAAUUUCCUACUUAGACACUCAUACUGAGAAAAGUACCAGUAUCGAAUCUUGUGACGAGGAUAGAGACAACUCUAGUACAGUGAAAUGUAGUGUGUAUUAGUAAUAAUAUGGAAGUCGUCUGAUAUGUAAAUGUCAUAAUGGAAGGUA